UAAUUUAAAUAUGGAAUCUGUUGGUAAGAUAAGAUUUAAAAUAAACCAUGAGAAUCAUGAAAUCAUAACUUAUUUUGAAAAGUUUUUUAAACUUGUUGAACAAAACUUAAGAUUCAAAGUAAAAUUGCAGCAAACAUAUAAUAAUGAACAAAAAGAAGUAUUGUGCUUUGUAACAAAUACUCCAAAACUAUUGAAUAGUAAUACUUAUGAACCCAAUGAUAUAUAUCAAUUGUUAAUGUUAUUAUCAAUGGAUGCACAUAACUUCUGUAUACAAUCAAACAAAUUGGAAAAUUUAACUUUUAAUGAUAGAGAAAGAAAAGAUAAUGAAUUAAAUAUUGACUCAUAAUAUACAACUCUGCAUAUGUUCCUUAUUAUACAUAAGUCAAAUGAAACAAAAAUAAUUUCAAAAUUAAUUCUAUAUUUUUAAGUCAAAUCAGGUGGAAUACAAAUAUAUUGAAAGUACUCAGCUCUGUACUAAAGCAAAGUUAUUAAAUGAUCCAAAUAAAUGUUUAG